UAAUGACAGGUGUAAAUUAACAUUGGACAUGUACCACUUGUUAAGCAGAAUCAAUAUUGUCUCCAUGUGGAGAAUGUACAAACCUCAAUUUAAGAGGAAUUGUAUCUUUAUUAAUUAUUUUUCUAGAAAGAAAAUUCAUGUAAAUGUUAUUCUUGCAAAAUCACUAAUUACUAUUUAGAUUGUAAAUAAUGUCUAACAUGGUAUUCAGUUAAUGAAUCUAAAGAUAAUUUAGAUGGUAAGUUAUUAUCUUGUGUUCUCAGUUGUGAAUAAGUUUAAAUGCUAAAGUAUCUUUCAUAUUUAAAUAUUUAGAUGCACUAACUGUUAAUCAUUAAAGAGAAUUGAUAACUUCAAUAAUGAAAUGAAAAAUUAUUGCAAUUAGUGUAAUAAAUAUUAUUUUAAAUAAAUUUGCUAAUUUUGUAGAGAAGUUUCAACUUUCAAUUAAAAAGAAAGUCAACUCAAAUAAAAAUGUUAAAAUAAGAAAUGUAGCAAAGGUACAUAUUUAAAGACAGGCAAAAUUUAAAAUCAAUAAGUUAUAAUAGGACAAUUUAUUAAAUCAAAUGAAAUCUAAUAAGUUCAACCAUAAAAAUAAUAAUCAACAUCUAAAUAUUUAGAUAAUUUAGAUUUAAUGAAUUUUGAAUAAGAUAAUGAUAAUACUUAAUUUAAUUAAAAUUAGAAUAAUGUUAAUCUUUUAGACAUUGAUUAACAUUUAGACCAAUAACCUCAAAAUGAAAGUUCAAUUUCUAAAUGCUAAAAAUGUUUUGUAUAUAAUUUAUAAAUAUGAUUUAAGAACACUACAGAUGUUAUUAUUACAACUCCUUGUGGACAUAAGGUAACCUGUUACUAGUGUUUAGAAAAUUAAUUGAAUUGUAUUUCUUGUGGUGAACAAAUAUCUAAUAGAAUCAUGAAUACUUUUAAUAGAGAUUUUUAUUAAGAAAUUAAAGAAAGGAUUUUAAUUUACAGAUAAGAGUGAA